GUUGGACAUCAGGCGGGUCUGCAGAAAACAAUUCCGCAAGAUUCUGACGCCCGCAGCGACAGCUUGAACCACGCGUCCAACAAGCCCGGAAAAUGGCAAUACUGACUGAGGAUGAGAUCGACGAGAUCUUGUACUUUGCGCGAGCUAACGAGAUCGAGGACUUGAAGACCUACAUCCCGACCUUGUUUCCAAAGUACGGCACCCAGCCAGCCUGGAUUUUGUCUCAAGCUGUGGAUGCAGAAACUGGUAAUACUUCGCUGCACUAUGCCGGUGCAAAUGGACACAUAGACAUGGUUAAUUAUCUUCUUUCGCUGUUCCCUUCGUCAUCUGCCGAUCGCAAACCGUUCAUCAACAAGCAAAAUAACUCUGGAAACACCGCUCUUCACUGGUCUUCUCUUAACGGUCACAUGUCCGUUGUUAAAGCCCUUCUUGCCGCCGGCGCUGACGCUAGCAUUCUGAAUAAUUCAGGACAUGAUGCCGUCUACGAGGCUGAGAUGAACGACAAGCAGGAAGUCGCAGAAUACCUGCUCAAAGAAGCAUUGGGCUUGGAGAAGGCUAUUGGAAGGGAGGGAGAUGGCCGCUCACCUGACGAGGAAGACGAGGAGGUGGAAGGUGGCGAAGGUGAAGGAGAUGGUGACGCGGACAAAGUAGCAGACGGGAUGGCAGAGAUGGACUUGAAGAGUUCAACGCCAAAGGGCGACAUGGGAUGAAAGAAAAGUGGUGCAAUUCAAACAGGAGUAGUUGACGACGGCAGGGGAUUCUAAUGGCCAUCACCCUUGCAGGAACCUGAGCUUCAGCCUUCGGUCGCAAGGCCUUGCAGGAUAUCUCAGCAUUCAGCGUUAAGCAUGCUUCCCAAUACAGCUGUUUAAAAGGUACGUCGAGGACGCCAGUCCAUCAAAGGCUCCAGGAUGACACUGGCAAGUUGAAACUUGAUCCGGGGUAUCAACUGCCUCAGCAAAUCAAUUUGGGUGGAUCGUUCUGUAAAUUCUUCAAAAACAAAAUAUGGGACUCCUAUGUUACGAUUUCCAGAUCCCUCCCGAGGCAUGUAGUCAUACACUUCACACCUCUGUCUCAGAUGAAAUCACGAAGGUUAUAGCUAUGAACCCCAACGUCAGAUCAGCAAAGCCGUCUUGCGUCCUCAUCCAACCCUCGCAGCGCACGACUUUUCAAAAGCAUAAGAAGGCAUCCAGAACUAUCGCUUUCGGAUUUCCAUACAGAGGUACAUGGACAUCUCACGCGUCUCCAUCGUCUUCCGCUGUGACAGUAGGGGUUUCCCUUGACACAUGUUCAGUUCAAUUCUGACCGCGCAAAACGGACACUGAAACACAGAAGCUUAGAGUUUGAUUCAUCUUUCAUUCUGUUUGUGCGCUUCGCACCUAUCUACAAUGCUAUUGCAAGCAGACCAGCUACUCCAGCAAAGCUUCCAAC